UCAAGUUUGAGCAAGAUGGCAGCCUCAUCGGUGCUGCCCAAGCUGCGUCUACUGCGUCUCCAAGGCAUCCCCAUCUAUGACCAACUCAAGCUCGAAGAAGCUUUGUUCCGUGUAGACCCAGACAACUGGUUCAUCUGGAACGAGCGUACGAAAACCACCAACAUUGUGAUGGGUAUCUCUGGGAAACCGGAACGACUGCUCGACGUCGACGCCGUCGUGAGGAACAAAAUCCCAGUGAUCAAGCGAUUCAGUGGCGGAGGCACGGUCGUCGUGGACGACAGCACGGUGUUUACAACGUUCGUGAUCAACACUUCGGCCUUGCCGCACGUGAAGCCCUUUCCGCGCGACAUCAUGGAGUGGUCAUCGACGUUCUACACACCACUGUUCCGAUCCCUCUUGGAAUCUUCAUCUCAAGACACAUUUGCCCUGCGCGAAGACGAUUACGUGUUGGGCGACCGGAAGUUCGCCGGCAAUGCGCAAAGCAUUGGCAAGGACCGAUGGCUCCAUCACACGUCGUUCCUGUGGGACUACUCGGCCCUGAACAUGAAGUACCUGCAAAACCCGGCCAAGCAGCCCAAGUACCGCGCCCAGCGCGACCACUCGGACUUUUUAUGCAAGCUCAAGGACGUCGUGGGGUCGCAAGACGACUUGUUUGCUGCGUUUUCCGACCAACUCGAGCGUCAUUUCGACGUGACGCCUGUGACAAUGUCACCCUGCGACAUGGUUGCGCUCACGUCGCGAGACCAUCGCAAGUCUACCAAGUGGGUCAACGUCGUCGUCCCUGCUAGCUAGUAGCUAGUUUUAGUUGCACCACGUUUAUUCCAUCAACAUUUAACCCAUUUAGACGUAAUAAUGAAGGUGGCUGGCUGGUGGUUUAAGCGUAGAUCAAUAUUUGUUUUUUG